AUGGAGUGCACGAGGGCUCCCAUCAUUGCUCUGGCUGCUGGGGGUUGCAAUCCGGCGCCCCUGGAAGGCACCAAUAACGUGGAGAGCGCGAAGCCAGCUCAGGGCCCGCCCGGCCCCGCUACAACCCCCCCGCCCCCGCGUCUCUGGGCGGCUCCGCCGGGAAACUGCCCUUCCUUCCACUCCUCCCAUCCUCGGCUCAGGCUUGGCUUCGAGCGAGGCGCCCGCCGGGCCCGCGCGCACACGCCCCAGUUCGCCCCCCGAGCAGCGGGCGCUUCCCGUGCCGGGGCCCCCAGGCGUGGACGCGGCCCGUGGGCGAAGGCGGGCCCUGGGAAGGGGCGCCUGCUCGCCUUCGCUCCCGGCUUGCCGCCCUUAAGCCGGACUUGGGGUCAGGGUGGCCGCGCUGCCGCGGGCGGGGACCGCGGGGCGCCUCCGGUCCCCCGGGAGAAGGUGGAUGAGAAUCCGACCAUGGCCGCCCAGUUUGCAAAGCAUCUGGCCACCUUGAAGGAGAAAGUGAAUUUCAGUUUGGUGCUGUUCUCCUGCCAUAUCCGCAAGGUGAACCGCUGUAACAAGAGCGCAGACCGAGCCAUUCUCAUCACAGACCAACACCUGUACAAGAUGGAUCCGAAGAAGCAGUACAAAGUGAUGAGAGCCACCCCCCUGCGAUUGGUGACGGGGGUGAGCGUGACCAGCGGAGAGGAUCAGCUGGUGGUCUUCCACAUGCAGAACAGCAGCAGCCUGGUGGCCUGUCUCCAUAAGAUGCACCCGACAAACGACAACCGGGUCGGAGAGCUGGUGGGCGUGCUGGUGGACCAUUUCAGAAGGACGGAGAUGCCCCUGCGGGUCCAGGUGUCCGACUGCAUCCAGCUCAGCCUCAACGGACGCAAGCGGCUGGUCAGCGUGGAGGUGCACGGCCAGCAGGCUGUGCCCGACUUUGCCAGGAGCCGCGACGGCUUCGUGCUCUGGUGGCCCCGGCGAUGAGGCCGGAGGGUCGUGCGCCGAGACCUCUGGGACAUCCAGCAGCAGAGACAGGAGGACCACGAGGCUGCACCGCUCUCGCGCCCGGCCCUUGCCUCCCGCCGCACGCCGCUUUGCUCGCCUUCUCCCACCGUGGGGAGGCUGCGGGGGGGGAGCAGCACACACGCCAGGCUGCCCUGCGUCCUUCCACCCUGCAGGUACCCGGGGCGGGGGGCAGCGACGGUCGGCCACGGGUCUCGGGGGCCCUGGGGGAGCGCUGGAGCCGCUGGCAGGGCAGUGCUGGGGCCGAUCUUGGCAGCCUGGCUGCGGGGGCAGCGGCUGGUGGCGAACCACGUGCCCCGUUCCCAUCCCGCCCACAGGCCCAUCGCCCCCGCAGCCAAGCCGUGGCUCCCACGAGGGCCUCGCUGCCCACCCCUGCUCCUGACGCACCCCCUCGCCUCUCUGCGGGAGGGCAAGGGCCAGGGGAAGGAUGCUCUCAGGGAGGCCACACCCACGUGCCCCAGGCACCCCGGAGCCGCAGUUCCCGACGGAGCAGGAUGGCCCUGCUCUUCCCCCAAAAAGGGUCGGGGUGGGAAUGUUUGGGGCAACUGCUUAGCGAGGGAUCGGCCGUGGGGCCUGGUGGCAGCAGCCGGUGUGGGAAUCGGAGGAGGAGAAGCCCGGAUCCUGCCUGUGAGGCAACAGGCAGGGAAGGCCCAAGGGGGCUGAAAGAGAGGGAGGCUGCGCAGGGCAAGGGGGCCCGGUCCCACCGGAGGGGGAAGCUCCCCCACACCUGCUUCGGAAGGUCCAUUUCCCCUAGAGGCUGGUAUCUUCAGAACCGCCUCGAAAGCAGCUUUUUGGUGCUCCCUGUGACCAUGAAAUACCUUUCCCAGCAAGGCUCAGCACCAACGUUUGCAUCUUUUCAGCACUUCCUUCUGCUCCCAGACGGCAUAUGGUGGGUUUCGGCAUCCGUUCUUUUUUUUUUCUGGUCCGUACUGAUCUUUGCUUGCUUUUACAAUGUUUUAUUUUACAUUCUGCAUUGUUGGGUUCUAAGUCCUCUUUUCCAAAGAGAACGGAUCGAAGAGAUUCAGUCGAUCCAAUCAGUUAAUAAAAAGGGUUUAUUUUCA